CCGGGCGGGAGAGCCGGGCCGCCUCGGAGCCCGCGGAACAUGGCGGCGCCCGCAUCGCGGGGCGGCAGCCUCUCGGGCCUGCUGCCCGCGCAGACCUCGCUCGAGUACGCGCUGCUGGACGCCGUCACCCAGCAGGAGAAGGACGACCUGGUCUACCAGUAUCUGCAGAAGGUGGACGGCUGGGAGCAGGACCUCUCGGUGCCCGAGUUCCCGGAAGGGUUAGAAUGGCUGAACACAGAGGAGCCUAUUUCUGUCUACAAGGAUCUCUGUGGGAAAGUGGUCAUCCUUGAUUUCUUCACCUACUGCUGCAUAAACUGUAUUCACCUGUUGCCUGAUCUCCAUGCUCUGGAACACAUGCACUCCGAUAAAGAUGGUCUUCUGAUUGUUGGUGUCCACUCAGCUAAGUUUCCAAAUGAAAAAGUCCUGGACAACAUUAAGAGUGCUGUUCUCCGAUACAACAUCACCCACCCUGUGGUCAAUGAUGCAGAUGCCUGCCUUUGGCAAGAGCUAGAAGUUUCUUGCUGGCCCACUCUGGUCAUCCUUGGGCCCCGCGGAAAUAUGUUAUUUUCUUUGAUUGGAGAGGGACACAAAGAUAAAUUAUUUUUAUACACUUCAAUAGCUUUAAAAUAUUACAAAGAAAGGGGACAAAUCAGAGAUAAUAAAAUUGGAAUAAAGCUCUAUAAAGAUUCUUUGCCACCUUCACCAUUGCUGUUUCCUGGCAAAAUAACAGUGGACCAUGCUACUAAUAGACUGGCAGUAGCAGAUACUGGACAUCAUAGAAUUUUGGUCAUUUGGAAGAAUGGACAAAUUCAGUACAGUAUUGGAGGACCUAACCCUGGAAGAAAAGAUGGAAUAUUUUCAGAGGCAACUUUUAACUCCCCACAGGGUGUAGUCAUGAAGAAUAAUGUCAUAUACGUGGCAGACACUGAAAAUCACCUCAUAAGGAAGAUUGACCUAGAAGCUGAGAAGGUGAGCACUAUAGCUGGCAUUGGAAUUCAGGGAACAGACAGAGAAGGAGGAGCAGCAGGAGAGCAGCAACCCAUUAGCUCCCCAUGGGAUGUCGCUUUGGGAACAUCAGGUUCAGAGGUCCAGAGAGAUGACAUCCUAUGGAUAGCCAUGGCAGGGACCCAUCAGAUAUGGGCACUCCUGCUGGACUCUGGCAAACUACCGAAGAAAAAUGAGCUAAAAAAAGGAACCUGCCUUCGGUUUGCUGGAAGUGGAAAUGAGGAAAAUCGAAACAAUGCGUAUCCUCACAAGGCGGGCUUUGCCCAACCUUCAGGUCUUUCUCUGGCCUCUGAAGAUCCCUGGAGCUGCCUAUUUGUAGCAGAUAGUGAGAGCAGUACAGUGAGAACCGUCUCGCUGAAAGAUGGAGCAGUGAAGCACCUCGUAGGAGGAGAAAGAGAUCCCAUGAAUUUAUUUGCUUUUGGUGAUGUCGAUGGAGUAGGCCUCAGUGCAAAGCUUCAACACCCACUUGGAGUAGCGUGGGAUAAAAAGAGAAAUUUGCUUUAUGUGGCAGAUUCCUAUAAUCACAAGAUUAAAGUUGUGGAUCCAAAAACAAAAAGCUGUACAACAUUAGCAGGAACCGGAGACACAAAUGAUGUUUUCAGUUCCAGUUUUACUGAGUCAUCUUUUAAUGAGCCAGGAGGCUUGUGUGUUGGAGAGAACGGUCGGUUAUUAUAUGUCGCAGAUACCAAUAAUCACCAAAUUAAAGUGAUGGACUUAGAAACAAGAACAGUUUCUGUGCUCCCUGUCCUCAGAUCUGAAAAUGCUGUGGUAGAUGGCCCAUUCCUAGUGGAAAAACAGAAGACGGUACCCAAACUGCCUAAAUCUGCCCCGAGCAUUGGGCUUUCCACAGUAACUGCUUGUCCUGGGCAGACGCUGCAGUUCAAGCUCAGACUGGACCUCCCGUCAGGAGCAAAGCUAACUGAAGGAGUAUCCAGUUGCUGGUUUCUAACAGCUGAAGGCAAUGAGUGGCUUCUUCAAGGACAGAUACCAUCUGGAGACAUAGAGAACAUUUCCAACCAACCAACGAUUUCACUGCAAAUUCCUGGCAAUUGCUUAUCACUUACAGCAGUUGUAUCUAUCAGCGUGUUUCUCUAUUACUGUAGUGCAGACAGCAGUGCUUGCAUGAUGAAGGGAAUUUUGUUCAGGCAGCCUUUAGAGAUAACUUACACACAACCAGGGUACAUAGAUCCAGUAGAGCUCAGAUGCGUGUAUUAAAGAAAUCCCAGUGCUGGUCCCACCUGUGUGGCUUCAGUUGGUCUGCAGACAGUAAUGAAGACCAUGGCCGCAAGAGUUAACAAUUCUUAGCACAGGACUGUUUCAAACCCUGAUAAGAUCAUUUGUAUUUUAAGAAAAUUUUGUUUCCUUAGCAAAUUAGCUCUAGUAAUGUAAAGUCUAGUGUUUUCUUGCUUCAUAAAUACUGGUAUGUAGACCAUUCCACAAUGACACAAAUACAUGCAAUUCAAUUUCAGUAAAGUUUUUGCCAGGGUCAGCCUAUGAUUUCAGCAUUAGAUGCUAUUAAAAGAAAUGAAGCAAAGUGCUAGCAGUGAUUAUCUGCCAGUGAUUCUGAUUAAUGAUCAUUUUUACACAGAAUGCAGUCAUCUUUUCACUGUUAAAUGGCUUGCUUAAUAAAUACUAACAGUAGCAUGCACUAAGGAAUUUAUUAAUUUUAGUAUAAAAUCUCAUUCCUGAAAUCUAUAAGGUGAUGUAUGUCCAUUUAAGAAAGUGAUGAAUGUUGACAUAUUUUAAAAGUGGAAUUUACCAUUAAUCACCAAGAUUGCUUUUUCCACCUGUGGCACAUAGUUUAUGUGAAUGAAGAAUUAGCACUAAUCUUAAAUCACUGUUUGUCCCAAAUAAGUAAAAGUUUGCUUUUCAUUCAUUUCUUUGCAAUAGGUUAAUAUAAAGAAUAGUACUUUAAGUGAGAGGCUCGAGUCAUCUAUGUACAUUCCACAGCCGACAAGCCCUGGCCCUUGCACAUAUUCAACCUGCCUCCUUUAGCCUGGCCUCCUUUGGCAGAGUCUGCAUACAGAAGAAUGGAGGCGGCCCUACUCGGCUUUUUGACACAGCCCUUCCUUUUCUUAGUGUGCUGGUUUGGUUUAAUCAUUUUCAAAGGUUAGAGUUGUAAAGUUAAAAUACUAGCCACGUGUCAUGGACCAUUUGCCUAGAUAGAGUUAGUUGUUGUUUUGGUGUCCUUCCCUGGCAUGCCACUCAAGAGGACCAAGGGAUGUUUUGUUCUGUUGAAAGCCUCAGGACCAAAAGCAGAGUAUUGCAGACAUCUCCAAGUAUUCCUCCCCCUGGACCAUCCACCUUUCAUUAAAAAGCACUAGAUAAGCACAAAUGAGUACUCAACAGUCUUGUACCAAAAAGCAUCCUUGUAGCUGUCCAGAAGUGGUAAGGAUUCCUUCCUCUGUCAGUCUUGGUUAAGAAACACAGGGUUAGGCAACAUUGUCAGAUUUUUAAUGUUAAAUACUUGAACAAACACAAUUUACCCCUUUUUAAUUUUAAUGUGUUUGGUUACAGGUUUCCAUUUGAAAUAAGUGAAGGGAGAACUCAGUGCUAAGAAGUAGAGAAAAAAAAAAUCAGCCCUCAGAUUUAAGCAGACCAGUUUAAGCAAAAUUUUUGUUAAUUCUUUCUUUACGUAGUUUGUGCAAUGCUCAUGAAAAAUAUGUUGAGAUAAAUAGGACAAAACAUUAGUCAAUAAAUUAUGUUUCUUAAGGGUAAAAAUAGACAAGUUCCUGACUCCACCAUGUAACUGUCUUCCACUUUUAAAAUUUCAUAGUCAUUAUUCUUAGUCCCACUAGGAGGGAACACCAGCCGAUUUGUGUUGGGAUGGAGCUGCGUGUGACACGUUGUGCUGUAUCCACGCCUGUGAACCGUCGUCAUUGGCAUCAUCUGGAAAACAGAAACCACCAUUCCCCUGCACACUACCUCCUGCUCCUUAGAAACCACAGAGUUUGUGUAGAAGUUUCAGGGAGGAACUGUGGUCAUGUCAGUAAUCAUAGAUAGGGAAGAAUGAGUUUCUUGUGGGGGGAUUUUUUUCCUCCCCUUAAAUUCCUAUUAUCAGUCUUCAAAGUAGGGGAGCAAUACCCUUUGUGACUUGAAAUUAAUUUCUCUGUCAUUUGAUCUAUAUGUUCUAAUUAUACUUCCCAUAGGUUAAAAUUUUCAAAAAAAAAAAUUUAAAAUCUCCCUCUUAGGAUACAUUGAGAGCCAUUUUAGGAUCACUGUCAUUACUUUACAUGUGGUUUGUGGAGAAAUAAAAAUUUGCUGUGUAAUUGAGAUUUUCAUACAUUUAUCACUGCUUCAAAUUAUAACAUUUCAUAAAUACAUUAAAUUAUAAAAACUCA